AUGGGGAACGAGCUGGCGUGCGGUCAGUUAAAUGAAGUCACGGUCUCGUUCGCCUUAAGUUUAUCGGACACCGUGACGCAGCGAUCCGGGAACCCCCACUUUGUGCGCCAGCACCUGCACUCCAGGAUUAGAAACACGGGGUCUGUGGCUACUUUCUCAAGCGGCCACUUCCUUGUUGUCAGCUUUCGCCAGCAGGCCAAGAACAAUACCGUUCAGGGGCAGCAACGCGGGCGGAUGACCUUCUUGUACAUUUCUUGUGCAUUCGGAUGGAAGGUGGGGAAGGAAGAAUUAGUCGAGAUGCGGUACGUUGUCAAAUUACAUGGCUAGAGUCCGCGCAGCAACAACUCCCUAUAGACCCGUGACGAAGACGCCAUCCUGCAGUCGACUGAACCAACUACGACACGAAAACGCCCACUUCCCCCCUCCCCCUUUCCCCUCCCAACGCCAUUGUGCUUCGCCGUCACCAAUGAAGGACGUUUGAUCAACCCUUCCGUUAGUCAUUGACCUGCACCUAAAUCACCAUUGUAGGUCGCCAUCACGGCUUGCCGACCGCCAAUUACUUUGCGAAUCCGGGCAACCAUCUUUUUGCCUCGGUGCUACAGAGCUGAAGGAGUCUCAGACGUCGACGUCCUACGAACGCCUUUACACGAAACCGCUUCCAGAGAACCCAAGGGAGAAAAGCCAGGCACUGAAAAAGCAACAGCAAUCAUCGCGCCGUGCGCCUCCGAAGCAAUCAAGUUGGCACGCAGGCUUUUUGCCUCGUAUAUAGAUAGCUCGGCGCACUUUGCCUAUGACAUGAAGGCGAAUAAUUACGCGGCGCAGUCAAGCGUGCCUACCCGUUGCCGUCACUGCGUUAUAAACACGGCCAUGUAAGCGGAGAGAUGAUGAACAGAAUGGGAGAGCUGUCGCGUAAUCCAAUAAGUUCCGCGUAUCCUACUGGACGCUACUGUUCCUGACCUCUAAUUGGUACACGAGAGUCUAUUAGCGACUCCAUCUCUCCUGUUCAGACAGGCUGGGUGUCGUGCAACUGACAUUGUGUAUAGAAGGGCAUGAUGUCCAAAUAGAGGCCUUAUAAAGAAAUAGUGCACCACGUUAGUGUGUUGCAGAGCUUAAGGCCUGUGGGAGUCCGUAUCGCGCAGUUUGGUUUCUAUACCGCAUAGGCUGGUGUAA